UAGUCGGACGUGGUUGCUUAGAUACAGUUGCAGCUGCAGGGUAUGUUCCUACAAAAUAAAGCAAGCCUUUAGUUUCACAGGUACCUGAAAAUUUUCGAAUGAUGGAUGAAGGAAGGGAGUUGUCAAUGACAAUUGCACAGGUGGUCCAGAAAUUGAAGGGGACCCAUUUACAUUCCCAACUAGAGAGACAGGCCAAAGAGUGUUUGCACAAGCCAGAAAUUAAACUUGAAUGUCUAAAAGAUGAUGUACGGGAUUUCCUAAGAAACUCAGGAUGGGAAAAGAAGUUACAGAAUGCUGUUUAUCGUGAGUUACAUGUGCUUCCUCCUCCUAGCCACCCAGCUGCACCUCCAGAGCAUAUUAAGGAACCACUGGCAUAUAUGAGAAAGGCACAGGCGAGCUGGGAAAAGCGUAUCCUCAAGAGUUUGAACAGCAUGUGCACUGAGUUAGGCGUCCCAUUGGCUCGAAAGAGGCCUGUAAGUGAGCAAAAAGAACUAUUAAGCAAGUGGAAUGAAAUGGGAACUGAUGAGCCAGAUUUAAGUCAUUUUAGGCCUGUUUAUGCUCCUAAAGAUUUUCUAGAGGUGCUUAUCAGCCUCCGAAAUCCAAACUGCGAUAAUAGUGAUCAGGCUAACUCCAAAAGUCACUGGAGUUUGAUCCAGGUUCCACUGAAUGUUAAAGAUAUCCCAGAGCUGAGAGAAGCCUUCACAGAAUUGGAUCUGACAAGUGGGCAGCUGGGGAUUGAUGACCACACCAAUGUGCUUCCAGAUAUGUUUGAAAGUGAACACUUUAGUAUUGGAAAGAAAGUUCUAAUAGAGCAAGACAGUGCUGCAGCUGAGCAGUACAGUCGACAGGGCUGCCCCACAGGCCUGCGAGCAGAACUUUGGGCAUUGAUUCUCAAUGUUACCAAUGAGCCAGAGGAUAUAAUGUAUUAUGAGCAAUUGAAAUCUGGUGUCGUCCAUCAUGACCUUUUAGUUGACAACCUAAUAUACAAGGAUGUUAAACUGACAGCCAGUAACGAUGAUUACUAUUUUGUGUUUGAAGAUUACUUAUAUCAGGUAUUACUUUGCUUUUCACGAGACACCAUGGUUUUGGAACAUUUUAGUUACAACAGUGCCACUCCACCCAAAUCCUACAUACGAGGGAGGCUGGGUGUAGAAGAAUAUGCUGUAGUUUACCCUCCAAAUGGUGUCAUUCCAUUUCAUGGAUUUUCCAUGUAUGUUGCCCCGCUCUGUUUUCUUUACAAUGAGCCUUCCAAGCUUUACAGUAUUUUCCGAGAGAUGUAUGUGCGCUAUUUCUUCAGGCUUCAUUCUAUUUCCUCGUCUUCUUCGGGUAUUGUGUCGUUGUGCCUGCAGUUUGAAACCCUUCUCCAGACACAUCUCCCACAGCUUUUCUAUCACCUGCGUGAAAUUGGAGCACAGCCGUUGCGCAUUGCUUUUAAAUGGAUGGUACGGGCAUUUUCAGGAUAUCUGGCUACUGAUCAGCUUUUGCUCCUGUGGGACAGAAUUCUUGGAUAUAACUCACUAGAAAUUCUUGCAGUACUGGCAGCUGCUGUGUUUGCUUUCCGCGCAGAGAAUCUGAUGGAGGUGACAUCACUGGCUGCAGCUGAAGCUGUGCUUGCUGACCUUUCAACUCUAAAGGUCAUGCCUCUCCUUCAGAUCUUCCUCUUUGCUACUGUCAUCUGAGCAGUUCUCAAGAAUCUUGUGCCAUAUAGCCACUGCUUUGCCAAUGCAAAUGAUCAUGGACUAUGAAAAUCCUGCAUGGAAUAUGUCAAUAUAUGCAUGUUCUCCUGUGUGUUAUGUUUCCAAUGUAUAUUCUUUUUAUCUAACUUUGUAAUAAAAGCUUAGUGCCUAAAUAUA